GUGUCCCUCCGCCGCCGCUGUUCCCGUUUCCGGCGGGGGCGAUGGCCAGGAUCUGACCCGGGAGGAGGCCGCACCGGCGCCGCGCUCUGCGGCGGGUUCUAGGCGAUGCCGAGCAGCUCGGACACGGCGCUGGGGGGAGGCGGGGGUCUGAGCUGGGCGGAGAAGAAGUUGGAAGAACGCCGCAAGCGGAGACGAUUCCUGUCCCCUCAGCAGCCGCCGCUGCUGUUGCCGCUCCUGCAGCCGCAGCUCCUGCAACCGCCGCCGCCCCCGCCGCCUCUGCUCUUCCUGGCUACUCCCGGCACGGCCGCCGCCGCAGCCGCCGCCGCCGCGGCCUCCUCCUCUUGCUUCAGCCCUGGCCCCCCACUGGAGGUCAAGCGGCUGGCGAGAGGCAAGAGGCGCGCAGGAGGGCGGCAGAAGCGGCGCCGCGGGCCCCGCGCCGGGCAGGAGGCGGAGAAGCGUCGGGUCUUCUCGCUGCCCCAGCCGCAGCAGGACGGCGGUGGCGGUGCUAGUAGCGGCGGGGGUGUAACCCCGCUGGUGGAAUAUGAGGAUGUGAGCUCCCAGUCCGAGCAGGGGCUGCUGCUGGGGCGGGGCGGCGACGUGUCCCCCAGCCCCUACAGCAGUUGCAGCUGGCGUCGCUCCCGGAGCCCCUACAGCCCGGUGGUCAGACGGUCUGCCAAAUCCCGAAGCAGAAGCCCAUAUUCAUCUAGGCAUUCGAGAUCUCGUAGCAGACACAGACUCUCUAGAUCCAGAAGUCGUCAUUCUAGCAUUUCUCCUAGUACACUAACUCUGAAGAGUAGUCUGGCAGCUGAAUUGAACAAGAAUAAGAAAGCACGAGCUGCAGAGGCUGCAAGAGCUGCAGAAGCAGCAAAGGCUGCAGAAGCAGCAAAGGCUGCAGACGCUGCUGCUAAAGCUGCAAAAGCCUCAAACACGUCUACACCUACUAAGGGGAACACUGAAACUGCUGUCAGUGCAUCACAAACAAAUCAUGUGAAGGAUGUGAAGAAAGUUAAAACUGAGCACACACCUUCUCCCUCAAGUGGUGGAACUUUAAAAAAUGACAAGGCAAAAACAAAGCCACCUGUUCAGGUAACAAAGGUAGACAAUAAUUUGAUUGUAGAUAAAGCCACCAAGAAGCCAGUUGUAGUUGGGAAGGAGAGUAAAUCUGCUGCUACAAAGGAAGAACCCAUAUCUCUUAAAGAGAAAACCAAACCACUUACACCAAGCAUAGGAGUCAAGGAGAAGGAGCAACAUGUGACUAUAUUGACCUCUACAUUACCACCAUUACCUUUGCCUCCCAUGCUGCCUGAAGAUAGAGAUGCUGAUAGCCAACGAAAUAUUUCAGUGAAAGCUGUUAAAAAAGAAGUAGAAAAGAAACUACGGUGUCUACUUGCUGAUUUACCACUGCCCCCUGAGCUGCCAGGAGCAGAUGAGCUAUCCAAGAGUCCAGAGGAGAAGAAAGCAACAACGCAGUUACAUAACAAAAGGAGACCUAAAAUAUGUGGGCCUCGCUAUGGUGAAAUCAAAGAAAAAGACAUUGACUGGGGAAAACGCUGCGUGGAUAAAUUUGAUAUUAUUGGAAUUAUUGGAGAAGGUACCUAUGGACAAGUUUACAAAGCCAGGGAUAAAGACACUGGAGAAAUGGUAGCCUUAAAAAAAGUACGUCUAGAUAAUGAAAAGGAAGGCUUUCCAAUUACAGCAAUUCGAGAAAUUAAAAUUCUUCGGCAGCUGACCCAUCAGAGUAUUAUCAAUAUGAAGGAAAUAGUGACAGACAAAGAAGAUGCCUUGGAUUUUAAGAAGGACAAAGGUGCAUUUUAUCUGGUGUUUGAAUAUAUGGACCAUGAUCUGAUGGGACUCCUGGAAUCAGGCCUAGUUCAUUUUAAUGAAAACCACAUAAAGUCAUUUAUGAGACAACUCAUGGAAGGUCUGGAUUAUUGUCAUAAGAAGAACUUCUUACAUAGAGAUAUUAAGUGUUCAAAUAUUCUUCUAAACAAUAGAGGACAAAUAAAACUUGCAGAUUUUGGACUUGCUCGACUAUAUAGCUCAGAAGAAAGUCGACCAUACACCAACAAGGUCAUCACUUUAUGGUACCGUCCACCUGAAUUGCUAUUGGGAGAAGAACGAUAUACACCAGCAAUUGACGUAUGGAGUUGUGGAUGCAUCCUUGGCGAACUCUUCACUAAAAAACCCAUAUUUCAAGCAAAUCAGGAACUUGCACAACUAGAAUUAAUAAGCCGUAUAUGUGGGAGUCCAUGUCCUGCAGUGUGGCCUGAUGUAAUCAAACUACCCUAUUUCAACACCAUGAAACCAAAGAAGCAGUAUCGUCGAAAGUUAAGAGAAGAAUUUGUUUUUAUCCCUGCAGCAGCACUAGAUUUAUUUGAUUACAUGCUCGCCUUGGAUCCCAGUAAGCGCUGCACUGCUGAGCAAGCUCUUCAAUGUGAUUUCCUGCGAGACGUGGAACCCUCAAAAAUGCCUCCUCCAGAGAGGUUUUUACACGCUGAGGCAAUGCACCAUAGUAAGAUGACUGAGAGUCUUCCUUUAUGGCAAGAUUGCCAUGAGUUGUGGAGUAAGAAGCGAAGAAGACAGAAGCAGAUGGGCAUGACUGAUGAUGUUUCCUCAAUUAAAGCUCCCAAAAAGGAGUUGUCUCUGGGAUUGGACGACAGUAGAACUAACACACCCCAAGGUGUGCCGCCAUCUUCACAGCUGAAAUCUCAGGGCAACUCAAGUGUAGCACCUGGUGAAAAACUGACAGAUCCAUCCACACCACAACAGGAGUCUUCAAAAUCAUUGGGAGGAAUUCAACUGCCUACUCAGACUGUCCAGCCUAAAGUGGAGACUGAUGCUGCCCAGGCGGCUGUGCAGAGCGCGUUUGCAGUUUUGUUGACUCAGUUAAUAAAGGCUCAGCAGUCAAAGCAGAAAGACAUGCUACUGGAAGAGCGGGAAAAUGGCUCUGGACAUGAAGCAUCAUUACAACUCAGGCCACCGCCAGAACCCAGCACUCCGGUCUCGGGGCAAGAAGAUCUCCUUCAGCACCAAGAUGCGAGGAUAUUGGAGCUAACACCAGAACCAGACCGGCCUCGAAUUCUGCCUCCUGAUCAACGACCUCCAGAACCUCCAGAACCACCACCAGUCACUGACGAAGAUCUGGAUUAUCGGACAGAAAACCAGCAUGUGCCCACCACUAGUUCUUCAUUACCUGACCCACACGCCGGAGUGAAAGCUGCCCUCUUACAGCUCCUUGCUCAGCAUCAGCCCCAGGAUGAGCCCAAAAGAGAAGGUGGUAUUGAUUAUCAAGCAGGAGACACUUAUGUACCUACUGCAGACUACAAAGACAAUUUUGGAUCCUCUUCCUUCUCUUCUGCUCCUUAUGUUAGUAAUGAUGGUCUAGGAGGUAGUUCUGCUCCAUCAUUGGAACGACGCACCUUCAUAGGAAACUCAGAUAUUCAGUCUUUGGAGAACUACAGUACUGCUUCAUCUCAUUCUGCUGGUCCACCUCAGCCUUCUGCCUUUUCCGAGUCAUUUCCCAGCUCAGUAUCUGGAUAUGGAGACAUUUACCUCAAUACUGCUCCCAUGUUGUUUAGUGGAGACAAGGACCAUAGAUUUGAAUAUAGCCAUGGCCCUAUUGCAGUCCUGACAAACAGCAGUGACCCUUCCACAGGGCCAGAAAGUACUCAUCCUUUGCCAGCAAAGAUGCACAACUAUAACUAUGGUAGCAACUUACAAGAAAACCCAGGUGGCCCCAGCCUCAUGCAUGGACAGACCUGGACUUCUCCUGCCCACGGACCUGGAUAUUCCCAAGGAUACAGGGGACACAUUAGCACAUCAACUGGCAGAGGUCGAGGCAGAGGGUUACCAUACUGAAUAUCUGUUUUUCCUCAGGCACAUCAUUUUUAUCUGGAAAGACUUUUCUAGCUGCAGUUUAAGGCAGCAAUCCAAGAGACUUGAAUAAUAUUAAUUCAACAACAGCUUUAUUUUUAUGUGGAAAGGGUCUUGCAUACAAUAGUAAAAAAAGAAAAAUGAAAGGAAAAAAACACCUUUGCUUAAAUUCAUGCUGUUCUCAAAACUAGAUCUAUUGAUUGUACAUCUUCACAAAUUCUAGUUAACAGUUUUAUUUUGUAUUCGCGCAGUUUUAAGUGGAUGCUAAUCUUAGGGACAUCUGGCCUUUUAUGGCCCUCUUGCAGAUCUUCUGAACUAUGCACAUUUGUGCUUUUUUUUGUAAGUUUGGACCAACUUUUAUGUAACAAACAAACACCCCUUCCAUCAACACCCACCCCACCCCCACCCCCAGUUUUACAACAAUCAGAAAGGGCACUGAUUUAUUUGGUAUUUUUCUUUUUACAAAGCUACCUUUAGUCAAAGGUCACUGUCAGUCUUUGCACCUGCUUUCAGUGUUAUUGUGAAAGGUGUACUUUGUGCUCAUUUCAGAAAAUAAAACACAACCUUUCUCUUGA